AUGUGCGUGUCGCUAAAACUCAGCCAUCAUCCACCAAAGUGUCCCAAAAACGAGGUAUACUACAACUGCACAGGCGAUUGCAUCCCACGGAAAUGCUCUGAACUCGGCUUCGAACUGCAUUGCAACAAGAAGUGCAAGCGUGGGUGCGUUUGUAAGGACAACUACGUGCGGAACGAUCAUGGCGUUUGCAUCCCAAUUGAGAAGUGCCCAUCAUGUGGUGGCGAUGAAAAUGCCCAACGAGGAUGUGGCAACCAUUGCGGUAGAAGUUGCUCGGACAUUGGUAAACCACCACGUCCUUGCCCACUGUUCUGCAUUUACAAUGGCUGCGACUGCAGGCCCGGAUAUUACUAUGACCCUAAUACAAAGAAAUGCGUCAAGCCUAAAGACUGCACACCCACAUGCCCUGCCAACGAAGAAUAUAAUACUUGCAUCAAUGGCGGCUGCGAUGCACGAAACUGCAGUCAACUUGGCAAGCCGGUGCCCUGUAUAAAAAUAGACCCCAAAUACUGCAUCAAGGGAUGCGUUUGCGUAAAGGGCUACUUGAGGACCAAGAACGGAACUUGUGUGCCAGAGAAGCAAUGCAAUAGUUGUGACGGCGAUCCAAACGCGGUGAAAGGAUGUGGUUACCACUGCGGCAAUACUUGUACCACCUACAAGGGUAAACAUCCAAUCUGUCCCCGUAUACCUUGUAAACCUAAUGGUUGCGAGUGCAAAAAAGGCUUCGUGUUUGACACCAAUCUAAAGAAAUGCGUCUUACCGGAGGAUUGUACAAAAUGCGGGCCAAACGAGGUCUACGACAAAUGUCCCGCCCCCUGCCCGCCCAAGCAGUGCAACAUCAACGAAGCACUCAUCAGAUGCAGGGCGCCGCCCAAACCCGGCGACCCCGAGUGCAAACCCGGAUGCCGGUGUGCUGACAACUAUUACAGGAAUGCUACAGGAUCCUGUGUGCUGAAGAAGCGUUGCGAAAAACCUUUUCCUUGCCCACACAACGAGCACUAUGAUCCUUGUCCUAUGACCUGCCCUCCUCAAGAAUGUGGCGUCAACCCAGCUGUGAUUCUAUGCCUGCCUAAUCCGGUAUAUGGUGAUCCUAGAUGUAAGCCAAGCUGUGUGUGCAAGGACGGUGAACUACGGAAUGAUGCCAGACAAUGUGUCCCCAAAGAUAAAUGCCCCCCGAAAUGCAGUAAAAACGAACACUAUGAGCAAUGCUACUACAGCUGCGGUGGCAACCAGACUUGCGACGACAUUGGGAAGAAGUGGAACUGUCCCGCAAAACUGAAGUGCCAAAGCGGUUGCCGGUGCGACGAGGGAUACUGGAGAGACAAGUACGGGAGGUGCAUACCGAAAAAACAAUGUCCAAAACAAUGUGGUAAAAACGAGCACUGGGACACAUGCUACCUGAACUGCGGCGUUGGUCAGAGUUGCGAUGAUAUCGGGAAGAACUGGACCUGCCCCAAGCGGCCGCAAUGCCAGAUCGGCUGCAGGUGCGAUGUAGGAUACUGGAGGAACAAGAAAGGGAUAUGCAUUCCGGAAAAGGAAUGCCCUAUAAAACGCUGCGGCAAGAACGAAUAUUGGGAGCCUUGUAUCCAGGACUGCAGAAAUCAGUCGUGCAACUUGUUGGGCAAACCGCCGGGGAGCUGCCCUGGUCGGAUAGUAGGACAGUGCAACAGUGGUUGCAGAUGCUUGGCCAAAUACUACAGGGAUUGGACCGGCACUUGUAUUCCAGAGAGCGAAUGUCCCAGAUGUGAACAAAGGAACGAAGACUGGGUGCACUGCAUCCGAGACUGUUCGAAGCAAACUUGCGAAGAGCUGAUCACGGGCAAAGUGAACCAGUGCCCUGAGAAACCAGGAGGCAUAUGCCCCGGCGGUUCGGGGUGCCGAUGCAGGCAGGGUGCAUACAGGAAUGGAUCUAACAUUUGCGUGAUUAAAGAACAGUGCCCCACAGGGAAAUGUCCACCUGGCGAGGUAUGGAACUGGUGUCCGGCUAUCAAAUGCGAUGCGGAUUACUGUGCAAAGAAUAAAGACUCGCCCACAAGAUGCCCGAUCGGGAUAGUCUGUGAUCCGCCGAGAUGCGUGUGCGCAAUAAAUAAAAAGAGAGACAGGAAGACUGGCAAAUGUAUACCAAUAGCUGAUUGUCCACCAUUCCCAUGUCCUCCCAAUGAAGAGUAUAAAGUUUGUCCUCUGCCGUGCCCCGGAGAGACCUGUUCUGACUACAUCACAGGGCCCCGAAGAGGUGAUUGCCCGCCGAACAAACGAAUAUUAAUAUGCAUUCCACAGUGCAGAUGCUGUAAAGGAUAUUCUAGAAACGUUAAAGGAACUUGCAUACCGAGUAAAAACUGUCCUAACGCUUCAGUAACAACUACGGCUCCUCCUACGACUACUACUAGAACUAGCGCUAGUGACAGAGGCUCUGGACUGUCAGGCGUGCUCGAUGGCAUCACAGCGUUUACUGGAAAAAGUCUUUAUGAUCGCAUACAAUCCUCACCUAACGAGAACAUCAUAAUGUCAGCCAUGUCGGUGUUCACUCCGAUAGCCCAACUUUGUAUGUACACGAACGGUCCCGCCUUUGAUCAGUGCAUCAAAAUACUUAACCUGAAGGACAAACAAGAUAUCCGAGAUACCUUUGCCAAUUUCUCCUCCUUAUACGAAGGUGUGACCAGUGUUAACUUUACCACUGCUGCUAAAGUAUAUGCUAACGAUAAGUAUCCGCUGAGCGAUGAUUUCAUAAAAGAUGUCAUUGCCGUCUUCCGCGCCGCUGCACAAAAUCUUGACUUUAGCAAAAACGCUGAAGCGGCAGCUAUAAUGAACUCAUGGGUUGCGAGUCAAACUAACAAUCGUAUUAAGGAUAUAGUUGCACCAGAUAUGAUAAGUCCAUUAACAAGACUUGUACUGGUCAAUGCUAUUUACUUCAAGGGUGAUUGGAAAUACAAAUUUAAUGAAAAUAAUACGAAAGUAGAAGAUUUCUAUUUGAGUGAUGGUUCAACUGGGAAAGUAAAGUUGAUGUUUCAAGAGUUUAAGGAUCUUGAGUACGGAGAAGUUCCUUCCUUGGAUUGCAAGGUGGUUCGAAUACUUUACACCGGCAAAGAGAGCUCCGCGAUCAUCAUUUUGCCAAACAGCAUUAAUGGCACAAUACAUUUGGCAAAAGACCUGCAAGAUACAGCAAAUUGGAAGAAAGUCUUAGACAGCCUCUCUCCUCAAAAAGUGGAACUGUAUUUACCAAAGUUUGUCAUCAGUACAACUACAGACUUGAUGGAAUUGUUACAGAAGGCUGGUAUUACCCAUUGGUUUGAUUGCCGCAACUCUGGUCUAUCGGGAAUUCUGGCCAAACCAGAAGAUAUCUGCAUUUCUGCGGCCAGGCAAAAAGCCUGGUGCGAAUUUAGUGAAGUAGGAACAGAGGCUGCAGCUGCUAACGUAAUUGGCGUUGGUACCACGUCGGUCGGACCACCUCCGCCAUCGACAAAGAUAUUUAGAGCGGAUCACGAAUUUCUCUACUAUGUUUUAGUAAAGGAUAUAGUUACAUUUGAAGGCCGUCUUGCCAAACCAUCAACUGAAUAGGAGCCCCGUUCAAAUUAUAUCUAAGAAAUGGUAAUUUGGAAAAUU